AAAGCAUAAAAUGGGGUUAGUCAAGGCAGCGAUCAGUGAUGGUGUAUUGACUUGUUUGUGGGUAUUUUGUGCUUCAUUUCUUGGUGCUGCUACUUCUGCAAUCGCAAAGGCUAUUGGCAUCCAAGGGAUGGCUUCACUACUCUUGAUUACAGUCUCACUAGUCUUUAUACUUUUGUUUAUAUUUGGUAUCGCUGCCAGUGCUUUAGGUGGUGCUAGUUUCAAUCCUACUGCAACUGCUGCCUUUUAUGCUGUUGGUCUAGGUGGUGAUUCCCUUAUCUCCACAGCAGUUCGUUUUCCUGCUCAGGCUGCUGGAGCAGUUGGUGGUGCAAUGGCAUCUCUAGAAUUUAUGCCACUGCAAUACAAACACAUGCUUGGAGGGCCGUCUCUAAAAGUCGAUAUGCAUACCGGAGCAAUGGCCGAGGGCGUGCUAACAUUCACCUGCACCACUUUUGUCCUUUACAUUAUCCUAAGGGGCCCUAAGAGCAUCCUAAUGAAAAACUUGUUGAUUUCCAUAUCAAUGGUGACGCUUGUGUGUUUUGGUAAAGGCUAUACGGGUCCUUCAAUGAAUCCUGCCAAUGCAUUUGGAUGGGCAUACGUGAAUAACCGGCACAAUACAUGGGAGCAACUUUACGUAUACUGGAUUUCUCCAUUCCUAGGGGCGAUUUCAGCAGCAUGGACUUUCCUUUUCCUCUUUCCACCUCCUCCUUCUAAGCAGAAAUCCGCCUAAAAGUAUUUAUGACCUUUGUAACCCAAGUA